ACAUUCUUUUGCCCUUCUGCUAGUAUGUUGGCUCGGAAGAGCAGCCAACCCAGACACGCAAGUGCUCGAAUAAUGCCUAUAAAUCUGGCGCAAGCCCCAGAAUUCCACUCAUUCCACACACUCCGUAUAUACUAUGCAUCCUUCCGAAAUGAUUUUGGACAGCCACCUCCGCUUUAGCCCACCAUGGACGAAGACUUGGCACUGAGAACCGCGUUUGACGGCGCGGGCUCGUUCGCCGAGGUCACGCAGAAAAUGCAAGCUUCGCGCAACAACCCAGUUCAAGUCUUGCACGAAGAAGCUGGCACACAAUGCGAGACAGUGCACUACAACAACAUUAUCAACGAGUUUGGAAAUAGAAUAAUGGUGAGAGACGGCAAAAAGUAUUACGUCGGAAGAGAUCCCAACAACACGGACUUUCGGUUUGCAAUCGUCCAGGUAAAAUUCUGGAACAAGUCUGAUGAGCUGGAAGAAACCAUGCACGAGUUCCAGUCGCCCCAUAUGAAGGCGGUCAUCAAGGCAAUCAUUCCAGAGUACAAGGACCACAACAUCAAGUCGGACAACAUCACCACCAACGAGCCUUAUUUCUUGUUCCACCACCGAGACGAGCUACUCCGCUAUGGACUCGCACUCACUGAUCACACUGCGCGAGAACAUGUCACCUAUCUCAAUACCUACGCAUGGCAGCUGUUCGAAGACGCUUUCCUGACCCACUUCAACUUUGUCGAGACUGCAGUGGGAUGCCCCACGAUCGACUUUGCGAGCCUGUGGACAAUCUUCACACCAGGAGACCUAGUCUGCGUGAAGGUGCCUAGCUCCUCCCAGAUCGACUACAAAACACUUCGAGUCUUUCGGUUCAAAUCAAUGUCACUGUCCCAUCCCAUCUAUUCCAAGAAAAGCGUUCGCUCGAAGAAUUUCUGGGCCAUCAAUUGUUUCCGCUCCACCGGCUCUUUCAUUACGUCCGUCUACGCAUUCCCAGGGCUUGUUUCGGUCUAUGGGAUGGACAUUUGUCCCCUUCAAGGCCAUCCCGAAGAGGAGGCAAUCAAGGAAUCCCUUCUCGCAAGGGGAAAAAUACUCAUGGGCUUCCAUCAAACGUCUUGUCAUCGCCAAUACAGCUGCCGAGGUGAUGAUGGGUCAGCGGUAAUCCAUCGUGUGGUUGUCGAUCCCGUGCCCGAGAAAAACUGUUGCGGCAAUGAUAGCGAUGACGACGAUGAUGGCGAUAAAGCCGGCGAUGGCAGCGCCUCAAAUGAUUGCAGCCGCUCCAACAGGGCGACCAAAGCAACCCUCACAGACGAAGAGUACAUCAUGUGCAGCCCAUACGUUUCCGCGUACGAUCUAAACUCGAGGACGUGGUCACCGGUUCUUGUCAGCGCCCUUGAGCCUGUCCAGUACGAGUCUGAAGUCUUCACUCAGUCGCUGUUGCUUGACAACAAGUACAAGAAUAUGAUAUCCUCGCUCAUCCGGGGAAAGAUUGGGGAGUCUGGGGACGGAAGCGGAGGAACCAUGAACGGGAAAGGCAAUGGUCUCGUGUUUCUCCUACACGGGGAGCCCGGGACGGGGAAUACACUGACAGCCGAAAGCAUUGCAGAACACUGCCGGCGGCCCCUGCUCAGGAUCGACUCUAGCACUUUGGGAACGACCUCGGAAUCUGUCGAGAAGGGUCUUCAAGAGGUCCUAUCACGCGCUGCAAGGUGGAAGGCUAUAGCGUUAUUGGACGAAGCUGAUGUGUUCAUGGAGCAGCGCUCCAGUGUCACAUCGGACAUUACAAGAAACAGCCUCGUCGCAGUCUUCCUGAGAGUCCUAGAGUACCACGACGGGAUCCUUUUCCUCACCACCAAUCGCGUUGGCGUGUUUGAUGCCGCGUUCAAGUCCCGAGUACAGGUAGCGAUCCAUUAUCCGCCCCUCGGCAAGGACGGCCGAAUGAAGUUGUGGUGUCAGUUCCUGGCCAAGACGUCUUUCAGGAGCAAUCUUCCGGACACUUGUGAAAGCUCUGACCCCUCUCUAUUCACCGUGAACAAGAGUGGCUCGACGGACGAUGGGUUGGAACGGCUAGUGGUCGAGCCCCUGAACGGGCGGCAGAUUCAGAAUAUCGUCAAGGUUGCUGCCGCCGUAGCCAGCGGCGCCAAGACUCCCUUGACGAUUGAGGGUCUGUGGAACACCCUCCAGAACGUGAUGGCGUUUGACAGGGAUUUUUCGCAGGACUCCAAGCGAAGAGCUCUGGAUGCCGAUCCAGAAGGGGAGGGUGGUGUUCGAAGAGAGGCCAAGCCUCUGACCGCAACAGGCGUUACUGCCACCAAAUGGCCACUUAUGCUUGUGCCUUGGCGCGACCUACAGCGACUUCCAUCCACUGGCGCAGCAGCAGAGCGCUCCCUAAUCCCUGCAUCAGCAUCGCUAGCACGCAGCACUGGCCUCGUAUGGGCCCCAGACUUUUGCCUCCCGACCGUCCCGUCCAUCUUGCAAACGACCCUGUCCGCCGAGGAAGCACCUUGGCUAGGACAGCUGGAGCUGCAGACGGCGGAGACACGCAUGGUGGCUGCAGUCGGCCCGGCCACAGGGAGACUUGGUGGGAAACGUAACGUUGCGCCACACCAGCCCAGAUCGACCAGGUCAGACGUUGUCAACGGCGACGUCACGGGCCGCAGCUCCUCCCCGAUCCCUGACCAGAGGUGCACCGCAGGGCCGUUUGGUGGGCCAGGCCUGGGUCGCCCUGCUCGGAAAGAAGACAAACAGAGGGUCGGGCAGUGGUGGCCGCUGAAUCGUGUCAAGAUCCGGUACCGAUCCAAGGCCUUCUCUUGGCCCUACCGUCCUUGA